GUGUCAGUGCACAGUCUGUGUGUGGUACAGCGCGCGGCGGAGGAACUGGGUACCCAACGGCAGGCUGGCGGUGAAUUUCACGACGCUCGAUAUUUCAGCACAAAAUAACUGCUUCAGUCGACAGCUCACGCUAUCGGGAGUUACCGGAGACUUGGCGUACCGCUGCAGGAUCUAACUAAGCCUCUUCUUGAAGUUGUCUGCGUUCGAGGACACGUCCUAGUCGAGGGGUUUCCAGCGUCCGAUCGGACGGACGGACGGACGGAGCGACGCUCUCCGCCUCGGAGUCACCGGGCUUUAAACGACUCUCAAGGGGCCGAACAAGACGACGCGGACGAAAAAAAAAAGAGGGGAGCGACUAAAUACAUUGCUUUUAGCUCUUUUAAGUCUUCGGCGACGGUGGAAAGUCGAUCAUAUUCCGCAGUGUGUGGAUACUAUCUGUUACCUGUGCAGAGGAGGGAGGAUUCCGUCGAGACAAAGGUCCAAAAGCCAGGGAAGGCUGAGCGAGGAGGCGACGCGUCCGUCCAUCCAUCCGUCCAUCCAUCCACUGGUCGGGCUCUGAAAGUGCGCCUCGCAGCCGAGAGGAGGCUUUGUCCGCCGCCAUCCUGCGUGCACAGGGGAGGGGGUGGCGGUGAUUUACCGCACCUUCUCUGGGAUUUCUACGGGGGGAGGGUGGCGGUGGGAGAGAAACACGUCGGUUCCCUCGUGUAAAAGACUCGACAUGUAUCCACAAGGCCGGCAUCCGGCACCUCACCAACCAGGGCAGCCUGGCUUCAAGUUCACGGUGGCAGAGUCCUGCGAUAGGAUCAAAGACGAAUUUCAGUUCCUGCAGGCCCAGUACCACAGCCUCAAAGUCGAGUACGACAAGCUGGCCAAUGAAAAGACGGAAAUGCAGCGGCACUAUGUCAUGUACUACGAGAUGUCCUACGGCCUCAACAUCGAGAUGCACAAACAGACUGAAAUUGCCAAACGCCUCAACGCAAUUCUGGCUCAGAUCAUGCCAUUCUUGUCACAAGAGCAUCAACAGCAGGUGGCUCAAGCUGUUGAGAGGGCUAAGCAGGUGACAAUGACUGAGCUGAAUGCUAUCAUCGGGGUACGUGGACUUCCCAAUCUGCCUCUGACUCAGCAGCAGCUCCAGGCCCAGCACCUCUCUCACGCCGCCCACGGCCCCCCGGUCCAGCUGCCCCCUCACCCAUCAGGCCUCCAGCCGCCCGGCCUCCCCCCGGUGACAGGCGCUGGAUCCGGUUUGCUGGCUCUGGGCGCUCUUGGCAGCCAGGCCCACCUGCCUGUGAAGGAUGAGAAGAACCACCAUGACAUGGAGCACCGAGGCCCCUCAUCUUUCCACUCGCCUCUGGCCAUUCCUCUGAAAGAACGCGAGUCCAGCACGAACAACUCUGUGUCGCCAUCAGACAGCCUGCGGGUAGCGAGCGAGAAGCACCGCAGCUCCUCCGACUACAGCCUGGACUCAAAGAAGCGCAAAGCGGACGACAAAGACAGCAACAGAGGAUAUGACAGCGACGGCGAGAAGAGCGACGACCUGGUGGUGGACGUGUCCAAUGAGGAUCCCGCCACCCCUCGAGUGAGCCCCGCCCACUCUCCUCCGGAAAACGGCCUGGACAAGUCCCGCGUGCUGAAGAAAGACGCCGCGCCCAACAGCCCUGCCUCCGUCGCCUCUUCGGGCAGCACACCGUCGUCCAAGGCCAAGGACCACACCCACAACGACAAGUCGUCAACGCCGAGCCUAAAGUCCAACACGCCUACGCCGAGGAACGAGGCACCCACACCAGGAACCAGCACCACUCCAGGGCUGCGGCCUCUGUCCAUGGGCAAACCACCCGGCAUGGAGGCAUUAGCUGCCCCGGCCCUCCGCACCCCCCUGUCUAUUGCUGGUUCUUACGCCUCUCCGUUUGCCAUGAUGGGUCAUCAUGAAAUGAACGGAUCCCUGACCAGCCCCGGCGUGUAUCCGGGUCUCAUUUCCCCUCAGAUGAGCGCCGCUGCCGCCGCCGCCUACGGACGCUCCCCUAUUGCGGGGUUUGACCCCCAUCCUCACAUGCGAGCUCCAGGCCUGCCAGCGAGCCUCACUUCCAUUUCAGGAGGAAAACCAGCGUACUCUUUCCAUGUGAGUGCAGACGGCCAGAUGCAGCCCGUGCCCUUCCCUCCAGAUGCACUGAUAGGCCCCGGCAUCCCCCGCCACGCUCGUCAGAUCAACACGCUGAGCCACGGGGAGGUGGUGUGCGCCGUCACCAUCAGCAACCCGACGCGUCACGUCUACACGGGCGGAAAGGGCUGCGUCAAGAUCUGGGACAUCAGUCAGCCGGGCAGCAAGAGCCCCGUGUCCCAACUCGACUGCCUGAACAGAGACAAUUAUAUCCGCUCCUGCAAGCUGCUGCCCGACGGCCGCACCUUGAUCGUCGGCGGCGAGGCCAGCACGCUGACCAUCUGGGACCUGGCCUCGCAGACGCCCCGCAUCAAAGCCGAGCUCACUUCCUCCGCUCCGGCCUGUUACGCUCUGGCCAUCAGCCCCGACGCCAAGGUCUGCUUCUCCUGCUGCUCUGAUGGAAACAUCGCCGUGUGGGACCUCCAUAACCAGACCCUUGUCAGGCAGUUCCAGGGCCACACCGAUGGAGCCAGCUGUAUAGACAUCUCCCACGACGGGACCAAGCUGUGGACCGGAGGGCUCGACAACACCGUCCGCUCCUGGGAUCUGAGGGAGGGCCGGCAGCUCCAGCAACACGACUUUACCUCACAGAUCUUCUCACUGGGCUACUGUCCCACUGGAGAAUGGCUGGCUGUGGGGAUGGAGAGCAGCAACGUGGAGGUACUUCACCACACCAAGCCAGACAAGUACCAGCUGCAUCUACACGAAAGCUGCGUCCUCUCCCUCAAGUUUGCCUACUGUGGUAAAUGGUUUGUGAGCACGGGGAAGGACAACCUGCUGAAUGCAUGGAGGACUCCUUAUGGUGCCAGCAUAUUCCAGUCGAAGGAGUCGUCCUCCGUCCUGAGCUGUGACAUCUCUGCGGAUGACAAAUACAUCGUGACGGGUUCUGGUGACAAGAAGGCUACCGUCUACGAGGUCAUCUACUGAGGAGGACGGGCUCCCUUUCAGCACUUCUACUGAGAUUAUUUUCCUGAUUUAACGUGGGCCACAACAGGUUGAAGCAAACUACAUUUUUUUUUUCCUCAAACCUAUUUUGGAAACCAGCUGCACUGUAGGCCUGUGGAAACUCUUCUGGAAGGAUUUUUUUUUUUAUUCCCUCGUUUUGCAUUUUCGGAUGUGACUGGGUGGAGCGGCGCUUCAUUUCUGAGAAACGAAUUCCUCAAUCCUGUACACUGUGUAAAUACUGGAUUAAAUGAGACGUUUUAUAUAUUAUAAAAGUAUAUAUAUAUUUUCAUGUCCUGGGUGUACUUGCGGCCAUUGUUUUCGGUCGCUCUCAUCUUGAGAGAGAAACCAGAAUGCAGACGGGAACUUUUUAAAUACUGCACCCUGAGCGUUUUCUAAAGCACAUUCUGCAGGCUGAUCUUUCCGGGAAUCAGAGGAGCUCAAAUCUUGCAAUGUUGAACAUUUCAUGGAGAUUUUUUUUUUUUUUUAAAUGGCCUUAAGUCACAUUGCUCUUAACGGACAAACUGUGGUCGGUUCUCCGACUCGGUGGGACCUCUACAGGAACGAGUAGGACGUUUGUUCAGGAAGAGAAACGGAUGUAAAUUUACUUUCUGUAUAAAAAAAAAAAAAACUGUACACGUGUCCUAAUGUUCUGGUCUGUGUGUGCUUUCCCCUGUUUGUGUUGAUCGCUUGUGGCAGAUGGAGGAUGUUAAAGUGCAGUCUAACCCUUGGACCUCAGCUGGCAGCAGAAGCGUUGCAAAAGGCACAAACAGCGCCUUUUUUUUUCUCUAAACCCAUGUUAUACAGAUUCUUUAGCUGCUCCAGUGAUUUCUAUUCAAACUCAACUCCAGCGGUCCAAUCUGUGCUGCUGAAAUUCCUGCGCCCCGCUGUAUCCGACCAAUAUUCCUGGAAUAAGUUGUUUUGGCUGUGAUGGAGAGGAAAGGCGGACUGUACACGUCCGUCCGUCCUCACAGAAAUGUUCAGUGCCUGUAAAUGCUUUUUGAGGACGGAGGGAAGCACACAUGAAAACCCAUACUGUAGGUAGCAAAUGAAGCUGAGGGUAAAUACUUCUGGUCUGUUUUACUGUGCUUCUCAUCCUGCUGGCAUUUUACAACAAAAGGGGGAAACUGCACCUCUGAUUCACACCAAAGUAUGUAGCAAUCGCUGUCGGCACUGAAAACAAAUGUACAGUUGUUAAUGAAUCAAUAAAACUGUUUUUUUUCUAGGAUG